AAUAAGAUUGAACUCUUUAAUGACCAAGAUAGUCUAGACCAAACUGAUCUGACUACUCGCCGUAUUGACACUACUGAGGCCAAACCUAUAAGGCAACACUUCUACAGAAUAUUCUCAGACGAACAAGAAUUCAUUGAUAAAGAAUUAGUAAAUAUAGAAAAGCAAAGGCUAAUACAAAAAUCUGAAAGCCCAUAG